CUACGAUGAAUCAAUACCUUGAAGCGAAGAGUGUUGCCUAUGUUCGGUAACAACGAAGAACAACAACAAAAACUCUAAUCAUCACUCAUACCAGACGACCGUCAACCGAAGCAAGAGAUAUCGCAAUCGCGAGUCAUGGCCGACCAACCUGGCUGCAUGUGUCUCGAGACAUCAUACGUGCUCUCUGUUGUUCUCAGCGCAUUUCCCAAAUGCGUUUGCCUCGACCUGGAAAGUCCUUCGGCGCGGUUGAUCCUUCGUGCUUAUCGUACGAUCGCUUGGAUCACGGCGCCUUUCAAGCACUUCUUCAGCCCGCCUGCAAACGUCGGCAUCGUUGAGCGAUUCAACGGUGUCGGCAUACUCGGUAAAAUCAGCGUGGCAGGGAACAAGAUUGUCUGGAGCGGACCUGUGGUGCUGGACUCUAUCAUCACGUUCCUGACGAAGGGAGGGUCCAUCCUCUUCUAUCUGAGCGUCAUCGCCAUGAGCGUGGCAUUUGCAUGGACUGCGUUGUCUGGAAGAUCUCUUUCGGCUUCUGCUCAGAAAAGUUCUCAAUCUCAAGAUGAGCGGCGUUAGACGACCGUCAACCGACAACACUUAAGAAUGACGUGAAGGCCGCGGCCACAUAGAAGUGUUGCGUUUGACGCGUAGGUCUUUCACCAGGAGAGGCUCACAUAUCGAUUUGAUCCCAAGGGUGGCACAGAAUCUCGUAGAAAUACAACCCUUUCACUUGCUCGGAGAGCAUACAUGAAAGUCGCUGU